UUCGCCCCCAUUCAUAUCCUCUCUCAGACCCUCUAUUGAUUAUUUCUUACAUUCCAUCCCUCCCCUCUCCUUCAUCUCGUCUGGCUCUUUACAGCGGUGACACAAAAAGAUACACAUCUCUCUACUUUGAAUGAAAAAUAUGUGGUGAAUACUGUUACCGUCUUUGUUGUGGGUUCUGCUGAAUUCAUGUGGGUAUGUGUAUGACACAGGGUCAGUUCUCUUGCCGGUUUGCCGUCGCCUCUGUACGCCGAUGACAUCAUCGUUUGACAUCAAUUUGGACAUACUCUAUGAAGACGUUUGAACUCUUGAACUUAUCAUCCCCAGAUCAGAGGCGGGGUAUGGGUUCGAUGCAGUGUGGGACAGCUCCUUUUCAGGAUGGGGUAUAUAGAGCAAUAUACAGGACAAGCUGUUUACAUGUCCACCUUCUAAACAAGUGCUCUGCAGAGUGAGAGGAAACAGAAAGUGUAUGUGUGUGUGUUUACCAGAAUGGAGUGGAUGAGAAAAUGAACCCAGAAAAAAAGGGUGGGGUGGGGCUGCUGACUAUAAGUGCAUCCUAUUGAUCUAUACAGUAUGUCCAUCUAUGCGCAGGCCCAGCCUAGUCUCAGGGGAUGUUGCAAGAGAAAAACAGACAGAGACAGGGCUCUGCUAAAGAAGCAUCUUCAACUAUUCUGAGGAACUGUUCUCCAUCUUGUGCUUUCUCUGCUUACUCAGGAAAAAGGUUGUUUGUAUCUAUUUAUUUAUUUGAUUCAUCAGAGUUAUCAAGAGAGCUGCAAAGGUUCCAGGUUGAGUAUCCUACGAGAAGCCGGCGGUUAUGAGUCAAGCAUUUGACUGCUUAAGUGGUCACACACUCUGUGGAAUGAACCGGACAUCCUGUGUAGCCCAUCUUUACGAGAGGUCGUGGUGAGCAAACGCAUUUUCAGGUUAGUUAUGUGUUAUAAUCGUCUGCUCUUGGUGAGCGGAGCAGGGCUCCUUCUAACAAUCUCCAUCGGGCUGUGUGCCCCAACGGCUGACCAGUACUCUCGUGGAGUGGACUGGCUGAGUCGGUAUGGGUACCUGCCCCCUCCGGACCCCCGCACAGAGAGGCUCCAGACCAGGGAGGGCAUCCAGAAAGCUCUCCGCCAGAUGCAGAGGUUUGCUGGGCUAGAGGAGACAGGAAUACUGGACCAUGCUACUCUUUCUUUGAUGAAGACCCCUCGCUGUUCCCUGCCUGACAUUGUCGGAACGGAAGACCUGAGGAAGAGAAGGAGGAAGAGGAAAAAGAGAUAUGCUUUGACCGGGCUGAGCUGGAAAAAGAAUGAUAUCACCUGGAGUGUGCUCAGCUACCCCUCCCCCUCACUGUCCCCCUCCCUCCACCCCGAACUGGUGGAUCUCAUCCUCACCUACGCCCUCCGUGUGUGGAGCAACCCCACCCCCCUCAACUUCCAACUUCUUCGCCCCUCCCGGGACCACCCCGACCAAGAGGGGGACUUCAGGGUGUCCUUCCCCAGCUCCUACCACGAGGACGGGUACCCCUUUGAUGGCAGAGGGGGCACCCUGGCUCACGCGUUCUUCCCCGGGACGGCGGACAUGGCGGGGGACACCCACUUUGACAAUGGGGAGAGCUGGAGUUACGGGUAUGGAGAUGACAUUGGCACCACUGAUCUCUUCACGGUAGCGGUGCAUGAGUUUGGCCACGCCCUGGGUCUUUCACAUACCUCUUCCAAUCCCUCCAUCAUGAGGCCAUACUACCAGGGGACUGUGGGGGACAUCCAGAGCUACACACUACCUACAGAUGACAGGCAGGGAAUACAGGCUAUAUACGGAAAGAGAAGAAAGUCUGCCACGCAUCCCACUCCGGCCUCCACCACUCCCAAGCUACCUUUCCUGCCCAGUCCUCCAUCCCCAAGACUAACACCACGCCCAGACCCUGCUCUGCCAGAUCGCUGUGAGGGGAAAUAUGAUGCCAUUGCCAACAUCAGAGGAGAAGUCUUCUUCUUCAAGGGUGCUUUUUUCUGGCGUGCUCAGCAGUGGGGUUCUCUGGUGUCUUUCAACCCAGCAUUGAUCCACAACUUUUGGGUUGGGCUCCCCCUAAGGCUGGACCGGAUCGACACAGUCUAUGAAAGGAGCGACGGACACAUCAUCUUCUUCAUUGGAGCCCAGUACUGGAUGUUCAAAGACAGGGCCUCUUUACCUGGGUACCCACGCUCCCUAGAGGAAUGGGGCAUGCGUACCAUGGAGGGUCGGCCACUGGAGAGGGUGGAGGCGGUGUUUGUGUGGGCACACAAUGGGAAAACGUACGUGUUCAGCGGAGGGGAGUUCUGGAGAUUUGACGAAGGGGGGCAGGACAGGAAACUGGAGGGGGGGUACCCCAAAAUGGCCUCCCUCUGGACAGGGGUGCCCUCUGACCCCGAUGACAUCAUCAGCUGGGGAGACGGAGAUGCUUAUUUCUUCAAGGACACCUCCUACUGGGUGCUAAAGAGAGGGGGAUUGGACCAGGGAAGUAUCACUCCAAAAUCCACAGCAGUGGAUUGGAUGAAAUGUAAGGUUGGUGCACCAACUUCCACCCACUUACCCAAAAUGCCUCACCCUACAGGCAGAGACUGUGACCGGAGCAGAACUGUAACAAUACAAGCAUCUUAUUGGCUAAUUAUUGUGUCUGUUUCUGUUUUGUUGUUAUUUUCUGUUUCUGUAUGUUAGUGUUCACGUUUUUCAAUGUUUUCUUUCUCUGUCAACUACAAUGAUUACAAUGAUUUGGUGAAAAUGAAAUUAAAUAGAUAAAAUGACAGAAUGGCAGGGUUCAGGAGUUGUGAUGAUUUCAGUGUUCAGAGGACUGUAAGCCAUUUAAAUCAAAUCAAAUUUUAUUUGUCUCAUACACAUGGUUAGCAGAUGUUAAUGCGAGUGUAGCGAAAUGCUUGUGCUUCUAGUUCCGACAAUGCAGUAAUAACCAACAAGUAAUCUAACCUAACAAUUCCACAACUACUACCUUAUACACACAAGUGUAAAGGGAUAAAGAAUAUGUACAUAAAGAUAUAUGAAUGAGUGAUUGUACAGAACGGCAUAGGCAAGAUGCAGUAGAUGGUAUAGUGUACAGUCUAUACAUAUGAGAUGAGUAAUGUAGGGUAUGUAAACAUUAAAGUGGCAUAGUUUAAAGUGGCUAGUGAUACAUGUAUUACAUAAAGAUGGCAAGAUGCAGUAGAUGAUAUACAGUAUAGUAUAUACAUGUGAGAUGAGUAAUGUAGGGUAUGUAAACAUUAUAUUAGCUUCAUUGUUUAAAGUGGCUAGUGAUACAUUUUUACAUAAUUUCCAUCAAUUCCCAUUAUUAAAGUAGCUGGAGUUGAGUCAGUAUGUUGGCAGCGGCCACUAAAUGUUAGUGGUGGCUGUUUAACAGUCUGAUGGCCUUGAGAUAGAAGCUGUUUUUCAGUCUCUCGGUCCCUGCUUUGAUGCACCUGUACUGACCUCGCCUUCUGGAUGAUAGCGGGGUGAACAGGCAGUGGCUCGGAUGGUUGUUGUCCUUGAUGAUCUUUAUGGCCUUCCUGUGACAUCGGGUGGUGUUUACAGUGUAUUUAAGUAUGUCCGUCUGGUCAUUAUGUCUUGUGAUGUACUGUAUGUCACCUGAUAUGAUGUAUGUCUUGUGAUAUAUGUUAUCUGUACACCAAUUAUGUCUGUCCUUUGUUGCAAAGACAAUUUCCAUAUGGGAUAUUAAAUUAUACUAUUCUAUCCUA